GAAGUUAAAAUACAAAAUGAAUUUUAAAAAAGAAUAAAAGUUGAAUCACCCCCCACCCCACCCCACCCCUACGCUGCCAAAUACUUCCAUUUGGCGCCAAUUCUCUCCUUCCGCACAUCGCCGGCCACUUCCGCCCUACGGCUAUCAAAAUGCAGCGACAGACAUCAAUACUUUCCUUCCUCAGGAAACCCGAAUCCUCUUCCAGUGGCAAACCCAUCGUUCUCGAUGCUUCCGAUGAAGAAAUUAAAGGAACCGACACUCCACCCGAGAAGGAGCCGCGUCGGGUAUUCACCGAUAGCCGCCCUUCGUUAUUCUCCAGCAUUAGGCACAAGUUCGAGAAAGUCGACAACAGUAAAAACACGGAGUCUAGGUGCAAAGAGGAUAAUACUUCUACUGUUCGGUCUCUUCUGCUGCAAUCUGACGGACCAGAAGAUCUGAGCAACCUAUAUUUAGUGCCCAAGCAACACAACAAUCAAAGCCUACUUAAUAAUAGCAGAACAAUGAGUUCUGAAAGGGAUAGCCGGAAUUCAUUUCUAACCACUUCUGAGGAUGAUGUUCUUGGGCCAGACACACCAGGCACGAGACCUCUUGUACCUAGGUUAAAGAGAGUCCAGGAAGAUAUUUCUAAUUUCGAGGACAAGGCUGAUUUUUCUUUACCAGAUAACAAGAAGAGAACAAAAUUUCUGCAGGGUUCCGAUGUUUUAAAGAAAAAUGGUGAGAAGGACUCUGAAACAAUUAGCAAGUUUGAAUGGCUCCAUCCGUCUCGAAUCAAGGAUGCCAAUGGAAGAAGGCUAAUGGACCCUCUUUAUGAUAAGAGGACACUUUACAUCCCUCCUGAUGCUUUGAGAAAAAUGUCAGCAUCUCAAAGGCAAUAUUGGAAUGUCAAAUGCAAGUAUAUGGAUGUGGUCCUGUUCUUUAAAGUGAUAAUACAGGGAAAAUUCUAUGAGCUCUAUGAAUUAGAUGCUGAAAUUGGUCACAAGGAACUUGAUUGGAAAAUAACACUAAGUGGUGUGGGGAAGUGUCGACAGGUUGGUGUAUCUGAGAGUGGAAUUGAUGAUGCUGUUCAGAAGUUGAUAGCACGUGGGUACAAGAUUGGUCGGAUGGAACAAUUGGAGACAUCUGAGCAAGCAAAAUCUAGGGGCUCUACUUCCGUUAUUCAGAGAAAGUUGAUUCAUGUAAUUACUCCUGCAACCUCAUGUGAGGAAAAUAUCGGGCCUGAUGCUGUCCAUCUUCUUGCCAUAAAGGAGGAUUCCCUGCUAAAGAAUGGAUCAAUUUCAUUUGGGUUUGCAUUUGUGGAUUGUGCUGCAUUAAAAUUUUGGAUUGGUUCUAUCAGUGAUGAUGCUUCAUGUACAGCAUUGGGGGCCUUGUUGAUGCAAGUGUCACCAAAGGAGAUUAUUUAUGAAAGCCGAGGGCUGAGUAGAGAAGCUCAUAGAGCACUUAAAAAGUACACUUUGACAGGAUCAACUCCAUCCCAGCUAAAUCCAUGGGAUACUUUUGGUGAAGCCUCGGAAGUUAGAAAUAUCAUUGAGUCCAGUAGAUACUUCAAUGGGUUUUCUGAUUCCUGGCAUCACAUCUCUGAUGGAGCUAUGCUUGGUGAUCUUGAGUUAUGUGCUCUGGGGGGACUUAUUAGUCAUUUAUCGAGAUUGAUGUUAAAUGAUGUGAUUCGCAACGGGGAUAUUUUGUCUUAUGAAGUCUAUAAAGGUUUUCUCAGAAUGGAUGGGCAGACGCUGGUAAAUUUGGAGAUCUUCAGUAAUAAUGCUGAUGGUGGUCCAUCAGGCACUCUGUACAAAUAUCUUAAUAAUUGCAUAACAUCAUCUGGUAAGCGGCUCUUAAGGAACUGGAUAUGUCAUCCUCUUCAAGAUGUUGAGAAAAUUAACAACAGGCUUGCUGUGGUUGAGGAGCUGAUGGCAAAUCCAGAAAUCAUGCUACUCAUUGCCCAAUCGCUUCGCAAGCUUCCGGAUUUGGAAAGGUUGCUUGGACGCGUGAAGUCUAGCUUUCAGUCCUCUUCUGUGAUAUUGUUGCCCUUAAUUGGCCAAAAAAUACUGAAACAGCGAGUAAAAGUGUUUGGGUCCCUCGUAAGAGGUCUGCGAAUUGGAAUAGAAAUGUUAAUGCUUAUGCAAAAGCAUGGAUUGUUGAGUACUUCGUUAUCCAGAGUUGUAUCCCUUCCUAUGCUAAGUGGCAACGAGGGGCUUGAUCAAUCUCUUGCUCAAUUUGAAGCAGCGAUAGAUAGUGACUUCUCCAAUUACCAGGACCAUAAUGUUACAGACUUGGAGGCUGAAACACUAUCUAUUCUGAUUGAGUUGUUCACUGAGAAGGCGACCCAAUGGUCUCAAAUGAUACAUGCCAUAAACUGCAUCGAUGUACUGAGAUCUUUUGCUAUUUCUGCAGUCUCUUCUUGUGGAGCAAUGUGUAGACCUAAAUUCACAAAUUCUUUUGUGGAGACUAUGUCCCCUACACUGCAUUUAAAAGGGCUAUGGCAUCCUUAUGCCCUUGGUGAGAAUGGGGGGCUGCCUGUUCCAAAUGAUAUCCACCUUGGAGGAGAUGGAAGAACUCACAGCCCCUGCUCAUUGUUAUUGACUGGGCCUAACAUGGGUGGGAAGUCAACCCUUUUACGGGCCACUUGUCUGGCUGUGAUAAUGGCUCAGCUAGGCUGUUAUGUGCCUUGUGAAAGUUGCACUCUAUCAGUUGUAGACAUCAUAUUUACUAGGCUUGGCGCAGCUGAUCGAAUCAUGACAGGCGAGAGUACCUUUCUUAUCGAGUGCAUGGAGACAGCAUCAGUUUUACGAAAUGCUACACAGAAGUCACUUGUUCUUCUUGAUGAACUGGGCCGAGGGACAAGCACUUUUGAUGGAUAUGCUAUAGCAUAUGCUGUAUUUCGUCAUCUUGUUGAGUCAGUCAACUGCCGUUUGUUGUUUGCUACACAUUAUCAUCCUCUCACAAAGGAGUUCGCUGCCCAUCCUCUUGUACUACUGCAGCACAUGGCCUGCUCUUUUGAUUCUGCAUCUAAAUUGUCAUCUCAAGUCGAUCAGAAGCUAGUUUUUCUCUACCGACUCGCAUCUGGAGCAUGCCCAGAGAGCUACGGGAUGAAAAUAGCACUUAUGGCUGGUAUCCCAAGCUCAGUGGUUGAAGCAGCCUCAAAAGCUGGACAAGUUAUGAAGGAAAUGGUUGGAGAAAGUUUCAAGUCAAGCGAGCAAAGGGAGAACUUCUCCACGUUGCAUGAAGAGUGGUUGAAAUCUGUUCUAUCUCUUUCAGAGACAGCGGAGGUUGACUUCGACAAUGAUGAUGCAUUUGAUUCCUUAAUUUGCCUGUGGCAUGAGCUGAAAAGAUCAUGCAAAGAGAUCACCUAAGGAAAAGGAAACAUGCUCGUCGCGUUCUUAUUUACUUUAUUUUUCUGUGUUCUGCACUCUUAUAGCUUGCUCUGCCAAUCCAACUGUAAACAUAUUUUGGAAUUCUAAAUGUAAAGGGCAUUUUGUUGUUCGAACUGGGUGAACAUGUUUUCUCUGCUACACAUAAAAGUAGUUGUAAGCGAUCAUGUGUAUACAUAUACAUGCGCUGGUGCACAAGAGCGCAUACUUGUGUGA